AUGACAGGGCUCGCACUGUUGUUGGUAGUUACUAGUACCGUACUCGUCACCAAAAGUUAUGCAACCGGUGGACCUGUUGUUGGGGGAAUGUCAAAAGAUGACGUUAAUGAUUCUAACAUCAUAGUAAGAAUUCUGAAAGCCGAUGAACAUUAUCUGUUCGUUUGGAUUUAUACUUUUCAUUUAGGCCCUUGCUUACAAAAGCGUAUUCAAUUACAACGCCCAAAGGAAUGGAUAUGCAGAACUGCAACAGAUCGUCUCCGCUAAGCAUCAAGUUGUGGCCGGUAUUCGUUAUGUCAUCACUAUGAAUAUUGCUGAGAACGGAAUUAGAUCACGUCUGGUUGCUGAUAUUGUCGUCGUACCCUGGCUGCAGCAGGAAACUUUUACCUUUAAGAAAACUCCUUUGCCCGUUAGGGUAUCCUAA